UUUCUUCUCUAUGUCACCCCCUGUAACCCCUCAGCGGGGUCAUAGGUCCCCACCUGGGACCGUUCUUCUCCCUGUCUUGGGCAGGGAACUAUGGCAACAGUUGCUAUGGGCAACAGCAGGCGCCGUCCCGCCCUCAUCCCGCGCGCGAGUCGGCACGUCACUUCCGCUCGCGACCUCUUCCAGACCCUGUUCUCGGCAUCUCGUCAAAGGAUCAAAGCCACCUGCAGAGGGGUUGGCAGGUCCUCACUCCUGUGACGCGGGGGAGGGACGUCUGCAGGGGAGGGGGCUCCAGGAACGGCGGGGGGAAAACAAACAGGUGCACCACGCCAGCUCCCUUCCUGGGGGCGGGGCGGGGGCUGCCAUGGUCCCCAGCCACUUGUCGGUGCGAGAGAUGAGGGAAGAUGAGAAGCCCCUGGUGCUGGAGAUGCUGAAGGCUGGCGUGAAGGACACAGACAACCGUGUAGCCCUCCAUGCUCUGACACGGCCUCCAGCCCUGCUUCUCCUGGCAGCGGCCAGCAGUGGCUUGCGCUUCAUUCUGGCCUCCUUCGCCCUGGCCCUCCUUCUGCCCGUGUUCCUGGCUGUGGUGGCUGUGAAAUUGGGCCUGCGGGCCCGGUGGGGCUCGCUGCCUCCACCAGGUGGUCUGGGGGGCCCCUGGGUAGCUGUGCUUGGCUCCGGUGAUGUGUGUGGGGUCCUGGCCUUGGCCCCUGGCACGAACAUGGGGGAGGGGGUCCGGGUCACUCGCCUCUCCGUCUCUCGCUGGCACCGCCGCAGGGGCGUGGGCAGGAGGCUGCUGGCCUUCGCAGAGUCCCGGGCUCAAGCCUGGGCGGGGGGGAUGGGUGAGCCCCGGGCCCGGCUUGUGGUCCCUGUUGCUGUGGCCGCUUGGGGGGUGGCAGGGAUACUGGAGGGCUGUGGCUACCAGGCUAAGGGGGGCUGGGGCUGCAUGGGCUACAUGUUGGUGAGAGAGUUCAGCAAAGACCUGUGAGCUAGCAGUGGGACCACUGAGCUAGGGAAAGGUGUGUCCUUUUCCCCACAACCCUCUGGGAGGGAAGCCAGCUUCUGAUGAGCAGGCAGCAUGCCAGGCACUCUCACGGCCCGCCUUGUGGUCAAUCCCCAGCCCAGCUGUGGCCCAGAACUGAGACCUUCAGAGCACAGAAGCCUGGUCUCUGUCCUUCCGAAGUAUGCAGUCUAUAGUGUUUGAAUUCUGCAAGUGGAUUGAAUCCCUUUUCCCUUCCUGGCUCUUGGGGGUCCACCAGAUGUCAGCCUGCCCAGUCCCCUACCUCAGAUUCUUCCUGCACUGAGAAACCCCCUGUCUGUCUGCAUAGGCUGUGCUGUCUGUGUGUCAGGCCUGGGAGAAGAUUUGGGGAGGGCAAAGAGGUUAGGACUUGCACAGGCGGACCCCUAAGAGGACACAGCCUCGUUGGGACUGGGGCAGGUUGGAUGCUUGUCCUUGGAGGGGUCUAGGUUGACCAGGUAGAGACAGCUGGGGAUGGGGUGGGGCACAGGGCUACUGGGUGUGGCCUCUCUGGGAGGGUCAGGAGCUAACAGGGGCAGCCCUGUCCCUCUCUCCACAUCUGUCUGGAUUUUUACACUGUUAAUAAAGCCUGA